AUGGCGCCCUCCUCCGCCAACCCUCCGGAUACGAUGAUGGUCUCGGAGACCCAAAACAACAAGCCCACUAACGCCGAAGAGACUGCAGGGGGUGCGACUGCUGGGGUGAACUCAAGUACCCCAAAGCAAAAACGACUGGCAUGCGAGAUAUGUCGAAGGAGGAAACUCAAGUGCGAUGGCACCAAGCCAAGUUGCAGCACUUGCUCGCGUCUCGGCCAUGUAUGCGCCUACGAUGAGAGGAGAAAGAAGAGUGGUCCCAAGAAAGGUCAUCUCAAGGCCUUGGCGGAACGAUUAAAGCAAGUUGAGACUUUGCUGAAGACGCAGGAAGCACCGAGACUGAGUGCAGACGGUACCCCAACAGCACCGAACAUCGUCGAUGGUAGUGGACUCAGCCAACCAAGUCAACAUGCUGCUGCCGCGGCCGCCAACUUCAACGUUCCAGGCCCUCCCCAUGGAAUGGCGACAGAGGGGAGCAUGGAUCAGUGGCAGUUCCAUGGUGAUCCGAGCAGCACAGGAUUGGAUGACUUCAACUUGGGCAACAACUUGGGACUAAGCAUGAGUAGUAUUGGCGGCGACUUUACCUGGGAAAUGAUAGGCCUGGGACUGGAGGAGCCAUUACCGCCCCAGGAGACCAUCGACGAGCUGCAAGUCCCUUCCACCAUGCACCAAGUAUACUUUGACAAAAUACACCCUUCCCUCCCAAUGAUACACCGCGCCCGUUACUUCCAUGCGAUGAAUCUAGCCCCAAAUCAGCGGCCACCAGUGUGUCUACGCUAUGCUAUGUGGACACUGGCUUGCUCGGUGUCAGACCGGUUCCUCGAUUUGAAAGAGCUGUUUUAUCAGAGGGCCAGGAAGUAUUUGGAGUUGGAUACCAUCAAGGGCUUUGGAGAACACAUGAUAACGGUGUCACAUUGCCAGACCCAUGUGCUCCUGGCAUCCUACGAGUUCAAAUGGAUGUAUUUUCCGCGAGCAUGGAUGAGUAUAGGCUCAGCCGUUCGCUUAUGCCAGAUGAUGGGCCUCUAUCGAGUUGAUGGUGGUGACUUGGAGGUAAAACAGUGCUUACCGCCCCCACGAGAUUGGACAGAAAAGGAAGAGCGCCGACGAACCUUUUGGAUGGCCUUCUGUCAGGACCGUUACGCCAGCAUUGGGACGGGUUGGCCGAUGAUCAUUGAUGAGAAAGACAUUCUCACCGACCUUCCUGCCUCCGACGAGGCCUACGACUUGAGUCACCCCCAGGAGACCCAGAGUCUGAAUGAUGUGACGGUUCAUGUGGGUCCUGGUAAGUUAUCGUCUUUUGGCGGUGUCAUCCUUCUGGCGUACCUCUUUGGCAGAAACCUUAUCCACCUCCACCGGCCGACCGAGGACGACCGAGAUGACGACCUCAAUGGCGAAUUUUGGAAGAGGCAUAGACAGAUGGAUAACAUCCUUCUCAAUGUUUCGCUUUGUAUACCAUCUGCCCUCAAGCUGCCACAGGGUCUGGCCAACCCAAACGUCGUCUUCACAAAUAUGUGCAUUCACACGUCGACUAUAUGCUUGCACCAGGCAGCCAUAUUCAAAGCAGACACGAACAACUUACCUGCCAGCGUUAGUACUGAGUGUAAGAUGCGAUGUAUUACCUCGGCUCACGAGAUUGCAAGCAUCAUGAGGAUGGCCGCUCACCUUGACUUGGAUAGGCUGAAUCCAAAUAUGUCGUUCUGUCUCUAUGUUGCAGCAAGAGUAUUUGUGCAGUUCCUCAAAAGCCGUCCAGACGAUGGCCAGGUAGCCGACUCUCUUCGGUUCCUGCUGUCAGCCAUGAACGCGUUGAAGCGGAAGAAUCCCCUUACUGAAUCCUUCGUAGUACAGCUUGAUGUAGACCUUGAAGCUCUUGGUGCCAAGGUUCCCAAGCUCAAAAACGCCUUCUCAAGAAGUAAAGAUGGUGUA